AUGGCUGGCAAGAAGGGUGACAACAGCAAGAAGGUAGCGGGCAACGCUCGCAAGGCCGAGGCUGCCGCCCAGAAGCAGGCCGCAAACGACGCCCGUCAAGAAGCUGCCGAGGAGGAGAAGUGGAACAAGGGUGCCAAGAACACCUCCAAGAAGGAGGCUCAAGCUGCCAAGGCUGCUGAGGCUGAGAAGAAGAGGGCCGAGAAAGCUGCUCUUGAGGCCGAAGACGACGCCAACACCCCCGGAAAGGCCCCCAAGAAGUCCAAGGCUCCAGUCAAGAAGUCGCGCGGUCUUGAUCUUGCGCAGCUCGACGGUGACGAUAAGCCCUCUGCCAUCAGCGCAUCUGGUAUCGACAACGCUCUCGACGCUCUGGCUCUGACAGGCGGAAAGGACGAAAAGGUCGACCGACAUCCCGAACGCCGAUUCCCCGCCGCAUUAGCCAAGUACGAAGAGCGACGACUCGAAGAGAUGAAGAAGGACGGCAGCGGUGUCGGCUUGCGUCUGGAUCAGAGGAAGACUAGAAUCCGAAAGGAGUUUGAGAAGCACCCCGACAACCCUUUCAACCAAGUCACGGCUUCGUACAACGCUACAAGAGACGAUAUGGCCACGAUCCGGGCACAGGAGAAGGCCAAGAUCGAGCAGCGUCUCGGGCACUAG